AAGCCCUCAGGCAGUAACUGGGAGGGGAACAGGAGGAGGGACAGAGGGAUGGGGAAGGCUGCACAAAGGAAUUCCUCACACCAAGCCCCCUGACUGCCAGCUCCAGAGAGUAAAGAAGCCGACCUCCUCUCCAGCUAGCUCACUCGCCCAUCUUCCCACCAUGACUGUGCUCGAGCCAUAGCGCCUCUCCCGGCCUUCCAAGAGGACCCACACUUCUUCCUGUAGGUGGCAACAGUGACACCUGUUUGACCAGUGAGACUGAGCCAGGGACUGCAAGAGGGAGGAGGCAGACAACUCGGAGAGGAGCUGGGAGGCAGAGCUGCGGGCUUGCUUGCUCACUGUGUAAAAGGCCCUCACCAUGGCAGAUUCCCCCGGCUGCUGCUCCGUCUGGGCCCGCUGCCUCCACUGCCUGUACAGCUGCCACUGGAGGAAAUAUCCUAAACAGAAGAUGCAAACCAGCAAGUGCGACUGUAUCUGGUUUGGCCUGCUCUUCCUCACCUUCCUCCUGUCCCUGGGAUGGCUGUACAUCGGGUUCAUCCUUCUCAAUGAUCUGCACAACUUCAAUGAAUUCCUGUUCCGCCAUUGGGGACACUGGAUGGACUGGUCCCUGAUAGUCUUGCUGGUCGUCUCUCUCAUGGUCACAUAUGCAUCCUUGCUAUUGCUCCUGGGCCUGCUCCUGCAGCUCUGUGGACAGCCUCUGCAUCUUCACAGUCUCCACAAGGUGCUGCUGCUCCUCAUUAUACUUCUAGUGACCGCAGGACUGGUGGGCCUGGAUAUCCAAUGGCGGCAGGAGUGGCAUAGUUUACGACUGUCACUGCAGGCCACAGCCCCAUUCCUUCACAUUGGAGCAGUUGCUGGAAUCACCUUGUUGGCCUGGCCUGUGGCUGAUACCUUCAACCGCAUCCACCCAAGAGGCCCCAAGGUUCUGCUGCUGUUGCUAUUUUUUGGAGUCACUCUGGUCAUCUACCUGAUGCCACUGCUGUUUAUCUCUUCCCCCUGCAUCAUGAAACUCCGAGAUUUACCCCCCAAGCCUGGGCUGGUGGGACACCGAGGGGCCCCCAUGCUGGCCCCUGAGAAUACCCUGAUGUCCCUGAGGAAGACAGCUGAAUGUGGAGCGUCUGUGUUUGAGACAGAUGUGAUGGUCAGCUCUGACGGUGUCCCCUUUCUCAUGCAUGAUGAGCGACUGAGCAGGACUACCAAUGUAGCCUCUGUGUUUCCAGAGCGAAUCUCAGCCCACAGCAGUGACUUCUCCUGGGCUGAACUGCAGAGACUCAAUGCCGGAACCUGGUUCCUAGAGAGGCAACCUUUCUGGGGGGCCAAAAAGCUGUCAGGCUCUGAUCGGAAGGAGGCUGAGAAUCAGACCAUACCAGCAUUAGAAGAACUACUGAAGGAAGCAGCAGCUCUCAACCUUUCAAUCAUGUUUGACUUGCGCCGACCCCCAAGAAACCACACAUACUAUGAUACUUUUGUGAAUCAGACACUGGAGGCUGUGUUGAGUGCAAACGUGUCCCAAGCUAUGGUUCUUUGGCUCCCAGAUGAAGAUCGUGCUAAUGUGCAGCAACGCGCCCCCAGAAUGCGCCAGAUAUAUGGACAUCAGGGAGGCAAUUGGACUGAGAGGCCCCAGUUUCUCAACCUCCCCUAUCAAGACCUGCCAGCAUUGGAUAUCAAGGCCCUGCACCAGGAUAAUGUCUCAGUGAACCUGUUUGUAGUGAACAAGCCCUGGCUCUUCUCCCUGCUUUGGUGUGCAGGGGUGGAUUCUGUCACCACCAAUGCCUGCCAGCUGCUGCAGCAGAUGCAGAACCCCGUCUGGCUUCUUCCCCCUCAAAAAUACUUAAUGAUUUGGGUCAUCACCGACUGUGCCUCCAUUCUGCUGCUUUUGAGUAUCUUCCUUCUCCGAGGAGGAUGUGCUAAGAGAAACAGAACAGGCUUAGAAACAGCAGUGCUACUGACCAAGAUCAACAAUUUCACCUCAGAGUGAAUGUCAGGCCCAGGCCCCCACCAGCUGCUGUCUAAGGCCUGUGUGCACUGGUCAAAGGGAAGGACAGGAGCUGAAGUGGAAUGUCCUAGAAUCAAAUAUUUGGAGGAGGGAACAUUGCUAACAGAAGAUUUUGAACUCAGAGGGCCCUCUGUCCAGAUGAUGGGCAUGUCUCAAGCUGCCAUGGAAUUUACUGCCUUUGGUGUUUGACAUGAAUUAGUCGGAAAGACAGUGACUGACAAGAAGUUACUCCCAAAAUGAAAUUAAAGCAAGGAAGUGAGAGAGAUUGCCAAGAUAAUGCAUUAGGCUUGUGUGCACAUGUACUUGGAUAGAAGAAGCAGGGUGUGUCGGGGUGGGAUAGCUCAGAAUGAUGACUGAAGGAAAUUUGGCCACAAUGGCCUUUCCGGAAGAACUCUUAAGAUGCUGAAGACAGUCCACACUCCAUGCCUUCUCUUCUCACCCUCACACUUCAUCUUCUUUUCUGCCUACAGGCUGGGAGUGAAAAAGCUCAUUUAGCAAUAUAAUAUUGUGUCUAUGGUAGGUUUUUGUUGUGAGCAAUGAAUGGUUCCUGUAUCUUGCCUGUUAAUCUGUUAUUCAAUGAAUUUUUAAUUUGUCAUUUGGU